CGCGUUGCCGCUCUGAUCAACAGUCACCCCCACCCGCUUCCCCUUUCUUUUUCCUGCAAGUCUGGUCAUGAGCUUCAGCAAGCCUCAUGGUUCAACAAAUAUACGCGAAUGCAACCUGAAUUCGGCAAAAGAAGUGGAGCGAGAAUUCGCCCAUAUGACCGGCGUCUUUGACCAUAAAGAAACAGAAACCAACUGGGAAGAACGACAACAAUGCCUUGUACGAUUACGCUCAAUUUUACAAUCAGAAUGCAAUACCACUUGGAAAGAUGUGGUCGCCAAGGGAAUCCACGAUAUCAUUGCUAAUCUUGUGAAAACACUUCACAGUUUACGCACUGUAGUUGCGCUAGAAGCACUGCAUUUGAUGUCAGAUAUUGGUUCCUUUGUUGGUCAUCAAUUGGACCCUUACUCGUACGAAAUCAUCAUUGUCAACCUGAUACGAUGCAGCAACGUCACCAAGAAAAUUAUCACCUCGCAAGCUCUCAAUAGCACCAUCACCUUUCUAAAAACCACAUCGUAUCAUUCCAAAGGAGUGAAUGUCAUAUGCAAUGCUCUCGAGGAAAGAAACAAUCAGAUGCGUCACUUUGCUGCCAUCUAUUUGCGAACCCUCUUACAAACUCACGCGUCCAAGGAAAGCUCACGAUGUUCAAUGGAACGCAGCGGCAGCCUGGAUCUCAUUUUUCAAACUCUGAAAAAGGGACUCAUUGACGCUAUGCCUUUGGUUCGCGAAGUAUGCCGUGAAGCAUACUGGAUUAUCCAUACCCACUGGCGAGUACGCGCGGAAAAAUUUUUCAGUACACUGGAUAUUACGACGCAACGACAAAUCGAAAAAAGCAAAUCACAAGGAAAUAACAUUGAGAAAUCGCCAGUGUCAUCAGGAACCAGUGCAUCACAGUCUAGAUAUUCCUCCUCGGUACCUCGACGAGCCCGUCCUCUGAGUCGGGCUACAUCGGCCCAGUCCGUCUUGGAAGAACGAUUGAAUCCGAAUCGCUUAUCUUACGCUUCAACCGUCAUGAGCGAACCUAUACGGUCGAAUGUCAUCAAACGUCCCAUCAACCGACUGUCGGUUGCAUCGCACCCCAGAUACCCUACUUUAACACGCAAUCGCUCAUUUACCGCCGAAACGUCCAGCACCGUGAGCAGUCCCUGCGCGUCGGACGCACCUUCGCCGUCGAAUAUCCGUGACAACAUCGUGGGCUUACGUACCAGCUUGGAAAGCAAAGAUGUAAGCAUCAACUGUAAAGCCUUACGUCAACUUGGACAAAAGCUGGGUCAGUGUACGAAUACGGAUCUGUUUGAUUUAACGGUGCUGCCCAACGAUGUACCCUCCAGAAUCGAACUGGUGCCUAUUCUCAUGGGUUACCUGGCCAACGACAAUGCAGUUCAACUUCAUCAGACGUUGAUGAGUUGGGACUGUCUUGCCGGCGUUUUUGUUCAUAUUCUCUCCUUUCAUCAUUUUGCACCCACCCUUCUUUUGCGUAGCCAUGGCGGCGCAUUGCGCAGUCAAACAUCGCCCAUGGUGUCAGAGGACGGUCAUCAUGAGGUUGAAUUAAGUCACAUCUAUCACCUUGGAUUGCAACGUCUCAAACUGUAUCUGAAACGAGUGGAUGCAAAAUUACCGCAACGACUAUUCGAUUUAUUGCUCGCUGUCGCCUAUCCAAGAAGCACAACGCUAUUGGACCCUAUGAUCAAGCGUAAAUUAGUAACGACAGCUGCCACCCGAGAUCAAUUACUGCACGGCGUUCUGGUGUGGAUCGACGAACUGCUGUCCGAGUAUAUCGGGCUGGGAAUCGACGAUGAUCCAGUCAUGGCGUCUGAAGGCGAGCCCUGGCUGUCAGCGUGGGUGGAAGAAAAACCACAACUCUGGUUCGAUGAUGAUGACAAUGUCGAGCGUUGCGUGCGGUAUAUAUUGCCAUUGCUACAGCGAAUACGGAACGAGGCCAUGGCAUACACACCGUUGGUGGAUGUUAUUCGCCGUUUGCGGAUGGCCAAUGAACGCAUCUUUGAACAAUGUACGGAAGACCAAGAUAUCACGAUUGCAAAAUUGUUGGAUGUGGCGCUUCAUCCCAGCCAUGCUCCUGCGCUAACGAUCGACAGGCCGACAUGUAGCGCUGACGGCAAUUUUGCCAAAAAAGAUCUGUUGGUAGUGACGGAUCAGGUUCAACCGCUUGAAAUGGGUAACACAUUGACACCUCCUUUAUCCCAAAAGGCGGUUGUUUCACCUAGUAGCGCUGUCGAUGAUUUUUGGAAUAAUAACGACGGAUCUGACCGGCAUACAGGCAUGACAGACGAUAUUUCCAAAUUGGCGGUCAAUGCACAGAGAAAACAAUCAUCCACACCUCCUCUUGUGGACAGUCUUGCCAUUCCUCAUGCCGUUGCCAUCACCACCUCUUCCUCUAAACCACCACUCUCCACGAUUCAGACCAAGCGGUUCACUUCAAGCGUUCCCGACGUCGCUCCCAACGAUAACAAGUAUUUAUUCGCGCAAGGCUACGAUUUUGAAGCAUCCAAACGAAGAAAAAUCGACCGUUCUGCAGUGUCUCACUCGGUGCCCAGUGGCGCAGCCGAUCAAGAAGAACUGAUACGAACCGCGAUUCACCAAAUCGAACAAUCCGCAGUUUUAGACUCUUCUCUCUUUCGCCAAUUGAGAAAAUUGUCACGAGCACCUGCUCAACCAUGCCUAUGGAAAGCUGUUGCAAACCAAGAGUACUUGGUGGUUGCCUUGUUGAAUGCAAUGGCUACUGUUUUGCCCGGAAAAAUGCAGGAUUCCUUGCGCAGCGAAGCAGUGCAGUUGAUGAAGGAAUUGCUCGUCAAUCAGGCGGAGUUUCUCAAGCAGUAUGAGAUGAUCCACGAUGGAGAUGAUACAUUCAUUUCCUUUUGCUUCCGACUAGCCCAGUCACUGAUCGAUUGCAAAACUGACAUGUUUAGCCAUGUAUCAUGUGCAGCUGAAGACGCAUUAGAAACGUUGUUACUUCGUUGCCGUCCGGAAACCGCUAUUGAAGUGUUGUGGAGGUUGAUGUUUGAACAAACUCGCAAAGAGGGGACCGAUUUCGACAAGAACACAUCUGAAUCUCGAUGUCAUCCGCUGGGCGUGAUUUUCACGCAGGUGGGCAAAGUGGCGUCGCAAAGUUCCGAGCAUUCGUUGCAGGUGUUUCUACAGAACGGGGCAUCGGAUGUUCUAUUCACGGGUUACAGUCAUCCAGAUGUUUCUGUGCGAAAAUCAUGUGUGCAAGCGCUGGUCGGUAUCCACGCGGUUCUCGGGGCCGAUUAUUUGAAGGUGUAUCUGCCGGCUUUGCGAGGGGAUCAAUUGAAUCUCUUGAAACACUAUAUUGCUCGUGCCCAGUCUAAUUCUGCAACGCUUCCUAUUUCAAGGCCGUCCUCAUCAAGAUCUCUUUUCCGAUAGUCAAUCUUUCCUUUCUUUUGUUUUCUGCAUCAUCCCAUAGAAAUAUUACACAAUCAUCCUCAUUUAAACAUUAUUAAAGUGGCAAACAUGGCAUCCCACGGGAGAAGACAAAAAAGAUUGGCCGACUGAAUAUGUUCUUGUGGCGCAUGAUCAUGAGGGUUCGAUUUCUUUUUUUUUUUGAGUUGUUGGAGAAUUUCAGAUCAUUGAAACAAUGCGGGCAAAACGUUUUUCUUUUGAGAAAAGGGGUUUCCUUUGCUGAGAUUGGUGGAAAAAGACCCUUGAAUAGAUCGAAAUACGAUGUCUCAGAUUCAUCUGAUCGUUGAGAGAAGGCAGAAAAGAAACAUCUGCAACAAAUUCGCAAUUCUAUAAACCUCCAACGAAUUCCACUGUAUAUUUUAUGAUCAGUUUGUGG